AUGUCUUCGUCCACGCAGUCGCACGCUUCUUUGGUGGAAUUUGGGCAGAAACAUGUUACGAAAGGUCUAGGCCGCGUCGUGGAGGCGGUCAUCACCAAGGGUCAGGGAUCGUACGUGACCCUGGGCGACGGACGGGAGAUGCUGGAUUUUACUUGCGGCAUUGGCGUAACGAACUUCGGUCACUGUCAUCCGAAAAUCAGUAAAGCGGCUGCUGAUCAGUGCAUGAGCCUUGUCCACGGGCAGUGCAGCAUUGGUUUCCACGGCCCAUACCUUGAGCUCAUCCAGAAGCUGCUGCCGAUGAUGCCGCACCCUUCACUCGACUCGUUCUUCUUCUGGAACUCUGGGUCCGAGGCGAUCGAGGCGUCCAUCAAGAUGGCACGCACCUUCACCGGGCGGCAGAACAUCAUCACCAUGCAGGGCGCAUACCACGGACGGACUUACGGUGCGAUGGCGGUCACGAAGAGCAAGACGAUCUACAGCGAAGGCACCAACCCGCUUAUGCCCGGGGUAUUCACCCUUCCCUUCCCAUAUUGGCACCAGCUUGGCGUACCGGCCGACACGCCCAGCGAGAAGCUGUCGGAGAUGUGCCUCCACCAGCUCUCGCUUCUCCUUUCCCAGGCGACCGCUCCCACCGAUACCGCCGCCAUCCUCAUCGAAACCGUCCUCGGCGAGGGCGGAUACGUCCCGACACCGCCCGCGUUCCUCCGCGGCCUGCGCGAGGUGUGCGACAAGCACGGCAUCAUGCUCAUCAUCGACGAGGUGCAAUGCGGGUACGGUCGCACGGGCAAGAACUACGCGAUCGAGUACUCGGGCGUGCGGCCAGACAUCAUGAUCACGGCCAAGGGCCUUGCGAACGGUUUCCCCCUGAGCGGCGUCAUCAGCAGCAAAGAGCUCACGGACAAGCUCAAGCCCGGCUCUAUGGGCGGGACUUACGCCGGUAACGCCGUCUCAUGUGCUGCGGCAGUUGCGUCCGCCGAGGUCAUGAAGGAAGAAAACAUCCUGGAGAACGUCAACGCGCGCUCAAAGGAGCUCUUCGCUGCGCUGAACGCGCUGCGCGCAAACCCCAAAAUCGCGCCGGCGAUCCUCGACGUGCGCGGCCAGGGCCUCAUGGUCGCGAUCGAGUUCGCGUCGCCCGUGGGCACCGGCCCGUACGAUGCGUUCCGGGACGCGAACGCCCCGGCGAAGCUUGCCAGCCGCGUCGCGAAGAAGUGCGUGGAGAAGGGCCUGCUCAUCCUGACGACGAGCGUGUACGAGGUGAUUCGGUUCAUCCCCGCGCUCAACAUCACGCAGGCGAAUCUUGCGAAGGGCUGCGCGAUCUUCGCCGAGGCGGUCGAGGAGGUGGUCAAGGAGGGCUGA